GUCUGAGUCUUCCGUUUACUCGCACUUGGCAGAGUCGCAUUCUAUUUUCGUUAUUCUUUGUUUGUUGAUCCAUCGGCGCAUCGACGGCGCAACAGAGAGGGAUCGGAGUUUCUAGGGUUUUUCAGAGACCAUGGCAGUACCAGGGAGUUCGAUGCUAUAUUCGUUUCUUCUGUUUACUGUUAUUCUCUCACUCCAAGAGAUGUAUCGAGGGAAGCUAGCUUCCUCGGAGUUGUUCACCAUACUUGGAGGGUUCAUUAGCUCUCUAUUGUUUCUGGUUUUGCUGACAUUCAUUGGGAAUUUUCAGGAAACAUGUGGCAUGAGAACUGGUUGGGGUGCUGUUAUAUUAGCUGAAGCUGUUGCUCUGGUUGCUGCUAGCACCGUCCAUCGAGUUUGUAUCACCACAUGUUUCUUGUUCUCAGCUGCUCUCCUUUAUGAGGUUAACAAGAUCUCUGGAAUGGUGCUUCCAAAAAGUGAGUCCAAAACCAAGAGGCUCUAAGUGAGAAUACAAUAGUCCAUCAAAAUAAUAUUUUUCUAUGUAAGAACUGCGAGAUGUGUUAGAUGUUAAUUAGUUAUGAGGACUUAGAGAUUACCAUACCAGUCUUAUUUACUAUUUUGUUUGUACACAACUGCAAUGCACGGCUUUAUCUUGGAAGCAUAUGGCAAAAUUUUACAUGGUU